CGCGGUGACACUCCCACCCCACAUCUCGGGGGCGACCUCCCAGGGAAUGGCAAGCGGAGAGGACCCCCAGCCCAGCUGCCGCUCCGAGGUAGGGGCUCCUUCACGGGCAGGCGGGCAAGCUGCCAGCCAGUCGGGAGUCGCCCCCCAGAUAUGGGGUUUGGGGGGCAAACCUUGGCCCGGAGACCUUUUGGAGGGUUAGGGUCCGCCGGGGUGGGUCGGGGGGCGGUCCUUCUCUCCCUGGAUCCCGGGGAAGGGGAGGUCAUGCUGGUCGCAAGGGCCUCGAUGAGAGCUGGGCAAGGGCGUCCCCGCCGGCGCCAGGAGUCUCCUGGGGACCCAGAAGUCCUGCCCCCUAACCCCCACUCCCGUUGGACGUGUUGUAAAAACCGGGGGUCGCCUGUGAGGCUCAUCCCACGGAGAGUGGCGCUUUCAACCCCGUGUGUGGGUUUCCCCGUGUUUGUGGCUGUGCGCUCCUGUGCGCGCCUUCCUACCUAGCGCACUUACGGACGUGCGCUUCUUGUACAGAGACUUGGUUUCCUUACAUCAGGCGCAAGGGCUCCUUCUCCUGCCUCCUGGGGAUACCCCGAUCCGGGGAGCCCCCUCUCACCCCAGCCUCCUAGCGGGAGGAAAGGGGGGAGGCCCAGCAGGGGUCUCCAGAGGUUGCUGGACUGCCGCUCCCUCCCUUGCAGGGAAGUCAAAGGUCCAGCCAUAUCUGGUGUUUGCAGAACUUUUGUCCGGAUAGGACUGGGCAAAGUCAGGGAGGGGGGAGGGUGUCAUUGGCUCCGAGCCACAAUACAGACUCUGCUGUGCCUUAGUGAAUGGUGAUCCGCUCCACUGUCAAACUGCUCUUACUGUCAGAAAGUUCUUCCUGAUGUUUACGCUGCAAUUGCCUUUCUUGUAACUGAGGUCAGGCUUGCUUCAUUUCCCAUGUGGCAGCCCUUGAGAUGUUUGAAGAUAGCUACCAUAUCUCCUCUCAGUCUCCUCUUUUCCAGGCUAAACAUACCCAGGUACCCCAACCGCUUCUCAUCAGGCUUGGUUUCUAGACCUUUGAUCAUCUUGGCAGCCCUUCUCUGCAUACCUUCCAGCUUGUCAACAUCCUCCUUAAAUUGUGCUGCCCUGGACUUCUGAUGAUGCAGCCUAGAAUCACAUUCGUCUUUUUUUGCUGCUGCAUCACAGCGUUGACUCAUAUUGAGCUUGUGGUUUACUAAAACCCCUGCAUCCUUUUCACAGUGCGCUCUCUCUCUCUCUCUCUCUCUCUCUCUCUCUCCCUUCAAGGCAACCUCCCUGCAGCAGGGACCACCCCACCAUGGCUGCCAAGGCCCCGUCCCUCUCCGAAGCCCUCACCAGCGGCUUCCUGACCUGCACCAUCUGCCUGGAGCGCCUCCGCCGCCCCAAGAUCCUGCCCUGCCUGCACAGCUACUGCCAGGAGUGCCUACGGAAGUUGGCAGGAGGCCGGAAGGAGCUUCAGUGCCCCGAGUGCCGUGAGCAGGUGGCCCUCCCACAGGGGGGCGUGGGUGCUCUCCGGACCAACUUCUUCAUCAACGGCCUGCUGGACCUGGUCCACCCCACAGGGGAGGCAGAGCCCACCUGCAGCCUCUGCCCGCUCAUUGGCCAGGAGCCUGGCCGGCCGGCCGUCUCCCGCUGCCUAGACUGCGCCGACGACAUGUGCCGGGACUGCGCCAGCGGGCACCGCUGCUCCCGCCUCACCCACCUCCACCGCGUGGUGGCUAUGAAGGACUACCUCUCCGGGGAGCACGACGAGGAGAUCCGGAAGCGCCAGGCGCUGCAGUGCAAGGAGCACACCGGCGAGGAGCUGCGCUUCUUCUGCACGCCUUGUGCCGUCGUCCUCUGCCGGGAGUGCCGGCUGGGGGCCCACCUCCAGCACCCUUGCCUGCCCCUGGCUGAGGCGGCCCAGGCCCGCCGGCCGGUCAUCGUGGAGCUCCUGGCCGGGGUGGAGGAGACGGUGCAGGUCAUCCGGGCGGGGAGGGCCAGCCUGGAGAGGGAGGCUGCGCAGCUGCAGGUGCGCGAGGCUAGCAUCCGGGAUGCGGUGGAGCAGGCGUGCUCGCGGGCGGUGCAGCGGCUGCUGGCGCAGCAGGAGGAGGUCCUGGCCCAGCUGGCGGACUACGUGAAGGAGCGGCAGAAGGCCUGCCAGGCCCUCUGCUCCGAUCUGGAGUUCCAAGAGCAGGUGGCCUCCAGCACCGUGGCCUUUGCCCAGAAGGUGCUGGGCCUGGGGAGGGAGGUGGAGAUCGUCUCCCUGGAGCAGGUCAUCUGUGAGCGUCUCAGGCAUCUGCAGGGCUUCUCCUGGGAGCCGCUGGCCACCCGCCUGCCCUGCCUGGAGGUCGACGCUGAGAUCGAGGGCAGUGGCCCUUGCCUGUUCCACCUGGAGUUCCGGGAGGAGAGCCCCACUGGAGUGCCGGAGGGCCCCAAGGAGGAGGCCACAAAAGGGGCGAAGAAGAAGACCCACCUGCCGUGCCUGGAGGUCAACGCUGAGAUCCCCACUGGAGUACCGGAGGGCCCCAAGGAGGAGGCCACAAAAGGGGCGAAGAAGAAGACCCACCUGCCGUGCCUGGAGGUCAACGCUGAGAUCCCCACUGGAGUGCCGGAGGGCCACAAGGAGGAGGCCACAAAAGGGGCGAAGAAGAAGACCCACCUGCCAGAGGGCCCCAAGGAGGAGGCCACAAAAGGGGCAAAGAAGAAGAGGAGGAAGCAACAGCAGCAAGUGCCGCCUGUCAAGGAGGGAUUCCACAUGACCACCCUCAUCCUCAGGGGCUGCCAGCAAGCCGUAGCCCCUGUGCCUCCUCCCAAGAUUCCAGGAACCCCCCUUCUGACACCCAAACCUCUCUUCUCAUGUAGCUUCUGCGUCACGAUCCCCAGCGACAAGAAGUGCCCCCUGGUCACGGGGCUCUGCCCCUUUGGCUCUGGAGAGCUGCUGGUGGCCGACAAGCAAAACCAGAAUCUGAAGCGCUUCUCCCUGAAGGGGGAGUUCAAGGGCACUGUCCCUGUCCCCAGUGGUGUGGCCCCAGUCAGCGUGGCCGUUGUGGGCAGCAAGGUGGCCUUCACGGCCGGCUCCUGCCUCUACCUCCUGAAUGGUGAGGGUGACCUGGUGUGGCAGAAGGCUCUGGGGCAGGGGCAGGCCAGCCAUGCCGUGGCAGCACUGGAGGGAGACCAUAUGGCUGUGUGCGUGGCUGGGCAGUUGGAGGUGUAUGACCUGGAGGGGCGGCUGCUGGAGAAGAUUGUGCCUGAGGACAGUGCAGACAGGUGCCUCGUCUUCCUGGCCAACCACAAGGACGGCUUUGUAGGCUCCGACUGGUACCGCCGCAGCGUGGUCCUGUUCACCAGGACGGGGCAGCUGGUGGCCGAGUGCUCUGAGGAGCAGCUGGGCGAGUGCCAGCCGGGGGCCGUUUGUGCCGAUGCCACGGGCAUCAUUUACGUGGUCCUGCGGGAGCUGAACAAGGUGGUGGCCUUCUCUCGCCGGGGGAAGGAGUUGGGGGCGUUCCUCACUGCCAAGAACAGCAUCAACCGGCCGCGGGUGGUCACGGUGGCUGGGAAGCGGCGCUUUGCCGUGGCUCUCAGCAACGGCACCGUCCACAUCUUCCGGAUCAGGUAUCAGGGCAAGUGAGACAGAGAAAGGGCAAGGGGGGGGGGUUAAAAGCUGUAUGUCCCAGAGUUAAUGACCCAAGGCAGACUGGUGUGACCAAGGUGAGCUAUGGUGUGUGUAGGAGAGUAAAAGCAACACUUCCUCCCGCCUGCCCAUCUGUCUGGAUUGGGUCAGCUCCCAGAGUUGUGCUUUACUUACCUGGGGUUGUUGUUCCCAAGGGCGGCCACCAGAGGGCAAUGUGGAAAUGAUAGAACCUGGCAUAGAUCGCCUAACUGCCAAAGUUUACCUUCCUUUUGUUCUCCCGGGUAAAUCAGGGGCACAACAAAGUCCAGAGGAUGUGAGGGACGAUAAUGUUGCUUUUUUUCACCAAAUAUCGAAAAGGCUGCAACAGCUAGAUAACGGCAGGCAGCAGCAGAGACCUGCUUACACUUAGAUUUAGACCAGCUUGCGGUCAGGAUGCUCGUAAAUGGGACGGCUUGCGGCUGGAAUACGGUUUUUUGUAUACUUCAGCAGGUAUAGAACUUGUUUAGUCAGGAUGUGGCUUUGUCUCUUGAGUCAAUGUGUAAAAGCAUAGAAGUAAAGGCAAAGGGACCCCUGACCAUUAGGUCCAGUCGUGGCCGACUCUGGGGUUGCGGCGCUCAUCUCGCUUUAUUGGUGGUUUAACCCACAGCGCCACCCGCGUCCCUAAAAGCAUAGAAAGCAUGGACCAAAUAAGGAGAAAGGUAAACAGGAGGGGUGGUCCUCGAAAUCAGAGUGAUGGGAGAUGUCGACAAAGGCGGGGAGGCAAGGGAGGGAACCUGCGCUUCAGGUAUAGGGAAUAUAAGCUUAUGCUUUGUCAGUUUUGGGUGUGCCUGCUUUGGACACCCGCUCUUGCAAGGACAUAUUGUAUUCAAUAAACUCUCUGCUUUUUCACCAAUUUUAUUCAGAUUAUGGGGUUAAGGGUCUUAGGAGCCACUUUUUAAAAACUUCUGACAGAGGAGGACCCCUCUGACAAGAUGGUGGGCAUCAUAACCUUUCCAAAGUGCCUUUUCUGCUCUCAGGAGGAAACUCGGGGCUUGGCCAGGUGUUUUGCAAAAGGGUGGCAGAAUCCAUUACGCAGGAGGGCUCUCGGAUUUGGCCUGCUGGUGUGGCCAGCUUCCAGCUGCUAAAUGGGGCAUAACACAACACAACACAACAGAGUGUGUGUAAUUGGAGCACGAAUCUGAGAGUGUGGAGCACAAUAUUAAGCCUGAACGUUAUAUUCAUUUGCACCCCAAGGAGACCAUCACUGAGUGGGGAUCCCAUCUGUGCCUUCCGGAACAAUCUGACAGAAGAACAUGAUUUGUAACUCUGCUGUGGUCACCAUUCCUCUCUCUUUUUCUAUAAAUAUCAUUCAAUAAUAAAACAAACGUGUAUAUUUGCAUCUUUGCCAGAGAGGACAAUUGUAUAUAAGCUGAAAUAAAAGAGUCUGGAUAAAAAACUUCCUGCAGUUCUGAUAUUUUUGUCCUGGGAUGCUUUCAGAUGGGAACUUAAU